GAAACUCAUUUUUCGAUUUUCGCUCUUGGAAUUUUGAUUAAUUACAAUAAUAUCUUUCGAGUUUAAUUAAACUGAAAUCGUCUCUAAAAUAUGAAUCUGCACGAAAAAUUCCUGAACUCGCCCACAGUAGAUUUUUCAAUUUUAUCAAAGACACAAUUCAGCAAUUCUGUAAAUCUGAUCCAUGAAUUAAUAAAAUCUUACGAUGAAGAAUUAAUAAGAGGAAAAUUAACUAAAAAUAGUCUAAAAUCAUACCAUAUGCUUCUCUGCAAUGAAUAUCAUAAAAAAAGACUCGAAAAAUCUCAGAAAAUCCUAAAUUUAUCAACAACCACUGACCUCUUUUUAAAAAUAAAACAAUUCUCUCACGAAGAAUUAUUAAUAAUCUACGACAUUAUAAUCCUCAAACUGAUUCUCUUCACCGCAGACAUUUCCAAGGAAUUAGAAAAUUUUCAAAUAAAUUUUGUCAAUUCCUUCGAAGAGAAAGAGGCGGGAAAGCAGUACAUGAAAAUAAUCGAGUGUUUUCUAGACGCUUUUGAACUGAAUCAAAAAAUGGGGAAAUCCCUGAAUCUCUUUAUCUCAAGAGAUUUAGAAAUUUGGUAUCAAGCAAAAGAUUCAGAUUGGAAAUCUCUCAUUUCAAUUCUGCCAAAAUUGAUUAAAAUCACGGGUUUGGAAUCUUUGGAUUCCUUCUGGAAUUUUUUACUCCGGCCUGGUCAAGAUUUAAAAAAUUCCUUGACCGGUUUAUGCAUUUUUAUAGAUGCAUAUCUAAAAACCGAGAGCCAACAAAAAAAUCUCUUCCUGUUUUCGGAUAAAAGAUUGUGGGAAAUAAUCCUAAAUGGAUUGAGGUCCAGGAUUGAGUUUGAAAGAAAAGAAUCUCUUUAUUUAUUUAAAAUAAUCACUGAAUUUCUCGAGAAGGAAACAGUAAAACGGGAAUUAAAACCGGAAAUAUUCUCUUGUAGCAAAAAGGAUUUUGUUCCUAAUUAUAUUUUAAUUCUUGAAUCUCUAGAAGAAAAACAACAGCACAUGGUAAUUCCUUCUUUGCAACUUUUAAAUUCUCUAAUAUCAGCGAAUUGCGAGCACCAAAAAUGUGGAAACUGUUUCGAUUUUCCGUGGCUUCUCUGCAUUUUUGAAAAGAUUUUGCAACACGAAAAUAACGCGGUAAUUAAAUACGGGAUUUCUUUGAUUUUAAAAUUAAAUCCUCAACUCUAUGACGAUCGUUUCUUGAAAAUUUUGACAGAAACCUUGAAUAAUCGAUUCCUCUACGAAAGUGAAGAUCAGGUUCCAAAAAUCGUUACAAAACUCGAAGAUUUAUUUAUCCAAGCCGAGAAUUUGAAAAUAAAUCUCUUACCGAAAUUUUUGUCAGCGAUCGCAGACAUUUCUUGGGAUCCGGUUUCCAUAUUUUAUGUAACUUUUGCCCUUCGCUCGGCCGCAGAAAAAAUAGAAACAAUCUCUUUUCCUUGGAAAGAGGAUCAGCUGAUGAAAAUUAAAUGUCUCGUUGAGAAGAAUUUAAAACUGCACUCUCCGGUUUUGAGAAAAGAGUCUCAAACGAAUAUAAUUAUUGCAAUAACUCGUUUCGCAGAUAUGAAUUUAAAAAGUCUUGGGAAGAUUCUAUCUUUUUUUCCGAACGAGACUUUCUCUGAAAAAAAUUGGAAAAUUAUUCUCGAUUCGCAGAAAAUAGAAAAAGCGAAUGUCGAGAAAUUCGUUGAAGAAUCUUGCAGAGAUAUUCGAGAAGGAAAUUUGGAUUCUGUCGAAUCGUUUGCGACUAUUUUAGUGAUUUUGUGUGACCUGAAAUUCUUGAAAAGAGAGAGCAGAAUUCUGUUGGAAGUGAUUGAUCUGUUAAAUAAUAUCCAGUCGAUAAAGUCAAGGCCUUAUAUGAAUUACGAAUUGGCAGAUCGAAUUCUUGAGCUUAUUUAUUGGAUGAUUUUAAGAGCUCAAAAUUCCGAUUCUUCAGAAAUUAUUUACGAAAUUAUUUCUCCUUAUUUUGAAUCUGGAUUCGACUUUCUCUUGAUCAGAAAGAAAAACUUGAGUUAUGAAAAAGUUCAGAAAUAUACUGCAAUUCUAAAUUUAUUGGUUUCAUCAGUAACCAAAACAGAUGCAAAUUAUCGAAGAAUUUUGGAAGAAGGGAUCUACUCUUUAGAAAAUUAUAAUGCUUCUGGAUUACAAAGAAUUUAUGGGAUAAAUUUUCUGCGGAUUUAUCAAAAAUCGAGAGAUUUGAGUCGAGAAAUCAUUUCGCGUUUGAUAAAUGUUUCUGCGAUUCCGAUGUCUUUCGAGGAAGAGGAAAGCCUCUCCGGUAUAAAGGGGAAAGCAACCACAGAAUAUUAUACAAUUCUUGGAAAAAUUAUGAAUUCUCACUUGGAAAAAUCGGAAGAAAUUUUCGAAAAUUGGAUUUCAUUUUCCUCCUCACUUUUCGAUAAAGCAGGAACGAGUGGUGUUCCUUUUGUGAUAGGAAUAUUGUCACAAAUUCUCGAAAAGGGAUUGGUUUUGGAGAAGGAUCAAGAAGAAGUGAAAUUGCUGGUCAGAACUUGUUGGAAAUCUAUUUUUGAGGGGAAAAAGAAUCGUUUAUUCUGGGCUGCUUUUGAUAAACUUCUGAAGCUGAUCUUGAAUCCAAAGUGUUUCGGUUUUGAGGAUAGAAUUGUGGAUGAGUUCAUAACCGAAAUUUUGAAAGAAGGAGAAGCAGUUCCAAAUAUAAAGAUUGAGUUGUUAAAAAAUUUGGAAAAUUUAGAUCCAAGGAUAUCCCUUUUUCAAAAAUCAAUUUUGGAUUGUCUACUUCAUGGACAAGUUCUUCGUCGAGAUGUGAAAAUAGAAUUGCAAACUAUUGCAUUUUUAAAAAAUUCUUCUCUAGAUGGGAGACUUUCAAAUCAUAAUCAAGAUUCGGAAGUUAGAGCGCGUGCAAUAAUUUUAAUAUUUAAAGCGAUCACUUCUGUUGAGAAUUACUCAUCAUCAUUUUUCCCACUUGUGAUGGCGGUGCUAAGGAAAUUUAAAGGGAAAAGAUAUUUCGGUGAUUCAAAUUCGCAUCGAAUCCAGCAGAGACUUUUUCAACUGUUGUUGAUUUUGGAACCAUUUUUAGAUGAGGCUAGCACUGAGAAUUUAGAAAAGGAAAUAGUUGAAACUGUUUUAUCAAAUGCUGAUCAACUCAGUAUUCAGAUAAUGAUGUCCUGGAUUCUUACAAGGAUUUAUGCCAGAAAAACUGACAAAACUAGCUUGUGGAAUUUAUUCAAAGAGGUUAAAGAAAAACGUCCAGGUAAUCUAAAAUUUGUUGCUGGCGUGAUUUUUCACGUUUCAAAACUUUUAAAAGGUAAGGAAUUUGAAAGUUUUGCACAAACUGCUAUUUCUCACCUCGCACCUGAAUGUUUGGGUCCCACUUUUAACACCCGUCUUGCUUGUCAAAUAGUGAUUUUGAAACUUUAUGAAGUUAUGCAAAAGAAAGAUAUACUGUCUAAAGCAAUUCUGGAAAUAAUGGACGAUCGAAAUUUCAAGAUCGCAAAUGAGUUUUAUUACAACAAUUUUCAUUCUUUGGAAAACUACAGUUUGGAGUCUAUUUACUACGAAGUACCUCGUUUAACGAGCAUGAAUAAUGAUGAACUAAUACCGCCAAAAGUUUUUGAAACUCUUCAAUUUUCUGAAAACAAGCCAUAUCCGUUAAAAUUGUUUGAUGACAGAAAUUCUUUGAGUCUGGCAACUGUUUCAACCACCACAAAGUUCGCAGAAAAAGAAGAUAUUUUAAGUAACGAUCUCGACUAUUUCGACCUUCAGAAAAAAAUCAUUCCCGAAAAAUCGCCAGGGUCAAAUGAAAUAAAUAAAGAGGAAGGUAUUAUCGUCAUUGCUUCCUUGGUCGAAAAAGUGCCAAAUCUGGGAGGUAUUGCCAGAACUUGUGAAAUUUUCGGAGCAAGUGAACUGGUAUUGGCAAGUAAAAAGAUAGCGGAAAAUAAAGAAUUUCAGUCACUAAGUGUGACUGCUGAAAAAUGGAUCAAAGUUACUGAGGUGAAGCCUCCUGAAUUAUCGAAGUACUUGUUAGAAAUGCAGGAAAAAGGCUGGAAGUUAGUUGGUUUAGAACAAACUGCCUAUAGCUCUAAUCUACUGGAAACGAAAUUCGAGAAAAAGACACUUCUUCUUCUGGGGAAUGAAAAAGAUGGAAUACCACCGCAUUUGAUUCCCAUUUUGGAUACGUGUGUGGAAAUUCCACAAAUUGGAGUAAUUAGAUCGCUUAAUGUACAUGUUACUGGAGCAAUUUGCAUUUGGGAAUAUGCGAAACAACAUUCUUUUAAGGCGUACUAAAUUGACUGAAAAAAUCAUUUUAAUAUCGAAUAAUGAUUCAGUUCUAUGUCCGAUCACUUAUAUUAUAUUUUUGUAAAUAAUUAAAUUAAAAUAUUCAUUUACAU